UACAAGGUGAUAUUGACACAAGAGGUCUUAUUUCAAGCCAAAGUGAUUCAUCACGUCUCUGUAUCCAUUGUUAGUAUCAGAUUAACAAAAGCUGGCGAUACAUCAAAGACAGUUCUCAAUUCAUCAACGUCAUGGGUAUAAUGGCCGUGAAGGUGGUUUGUUAAGGUACUAGUAUACACCGUUUUUCUGGUUUGGCCACUCCUGUUAUGUUACGCCUAAGGCUGAGGCUGAUGGGUAAAAUGCUGACACGUACAGUACUAGUACAUGACAUUAUGUCUAUCCAUGCGAAGUGGUAGUUUCAGUAGUACGAGUGAUUGGUCAGUCUGGGAGGUAAUUAUAAACAGGUUACUGCUGAUUUUAUGACUAAUUUUAUGCUCAUUGAUUGUAGCUAUUAAGGUAAGAUUUACUAGUAUUCACUGGCUACUGAUGUAAGAACUGUUUCUAUGGACCAGCCCAACAGUGUGGCCAUUUAAUCAGCAGGGCCAAAUGGAGUUGAAGGUGCAUGUAUGGUAACUUGCCUGCAUAUAAAAUAUAAAGAAUUACUUGAGCACGCAGGCAUUUAAGUCUUUUGUGCCACUGAAGAGGAAUGUUCAAGAAAAAAGUCCCCAUCACUGAGGAAGAUCCUGUUUUCUUUGUGCGCUACAUUGGCAACACGGAAACCUUCGUGCCAAGUGGGAAAGGCUGCACGGAUGCACCGUUGCAGAAGAUAUGGGACUCCUCAACAGAAGAGCGCAACAUGAGCCGCGUUGCUCUGAGAAUAAACAAAACGGGCAUGCUCAUGGUCAAUCCAGAGACCAAACAGGAGUUUAUGUUUGGAAUUGAACAGUUAUCCUACUGCGCACCAGACAGGGCCAUCAAUGAUAGAAUCGUCUGCUGGGUGUAUAAAUUGCCAGAAAAGCAGAAGUUGUAUUGUCACGCAGCGAUAUGCAGCAGCAAGGAAAAGGCGCAGGCUGUGGCGUUAGUUUUAUCGCGAGCAUUUCAGGUAGCUUUUAAGGAAUGGAAGACAAACUCAGCCAAAGUGCAACGGCAACGCUCUCUCUCCCAAGAUGAGGCAAAAACCAAGAAGUCCAUCUCAAAAGGGGAGAAAAGAGCCGAGUCGAGAAUCAGCGUGGAUUCUGGGGUUAGUUAUGAUGGGGACAUGGCCACGAAUAAUGGCGUUUCCACCAUUAGUCUCCCUGUUACCCAGAAUCCCUUGUUUAAUGAUGGCAAUGAGUUACUUGACGCCUCUUUCAGAGCCCGCGCCGAAGGUAACCCAGCAGUUCAAGCACUAAUGAAUGGAGAUGGUAGUGGCAAUGGAAACAUAUAGAGAUCCAUUUGAUAGUGCCAGAGCAUUUAUGAUAAUUUUCAAAUUAAGAAAAAUGCUCCCAUUUGAUAUAGAACCUUCUUUUUAAAAUAGCUGUAUUUUUUUUUUUUUUU